AUGAAGUUCCAGUCUCUCUGCCUCGCCCUGGCUUCGGCCAAUGUCGCCCUCGGCAACAACCUGUUGGCCAACCUGGCUGACUCUUGGAUUCGCAACAACCAUGAGACCCAGCGUGCCUACUGGUAUGGUCGUGCCGUCGUCUUCGAGGGUUACGAGGCCGCCAUCGAGCUGACCAAGAACCAGACCCUGGUUGACUGGUACCGCGACCAGAUGGACUUGGUCGUCGCCGACAACGGAACCAUCAUCAAGUACGACAUGACCAAGUACUCGCUUGAUAACUACCGUAUCGGCAUGAACUUGCUGUGGUGGUACAAGCGCACUGGCGAGGAGAAGUACAAGAAGGCUGCCGACUUCAUCCGUGACAGAAUCAACCAGCACCCCAGAACUCCCACUGGCGGUUUCUGGCACCGUGAGCCUACAUACCCUGACCAGAUGUGGCUCGACGGUAUCUUCAUGGCCGACUCUUUCUACGCCGCCUGGACCAAGGAGUUCGAUGCUAAGAACACCACCGCCUGGGACGACAUUGUCCUCCAGUGGGACAAGAUCCAGGAGGUCACCAUUGACAAGGAGACCGGCCUUCCCGUCCACGGUUUCGACGAGAGCAAAACCGCCGUCUGGGCCAACCCCAAGAACGGUGCUUCUCCUCUCGUCUGGUCCCGCGCUGUCGGUUGGUACUUCUGGUCCCUGAUCGAGGUCCUCGACGUCUUCCCCAAGUCUCACCCCGGUUACAAGCGUCUCCGCACCUACUACAAGGAUCUCGCCUCCGCUCUUCUCCGCGCCCAGGGCCACGAGAGCCACCUCUGGGAGAUUGUCAUGAACAAGGAGUACGAGGGUGCUGAGGGCAACUACAUCGAGUCUUCCGCUUCUGCUAUGUUCACCUACGGCUGGUUAGCUGGUCUCCGCCGCGGUUUCCUCGAGGAGGAGAUCUACACCAAGCCUGCUAAGCAAGCCUACAAGCGCCUCUACCGUGACUUUGUCACCAAGCACAAGAACGGCACUCUGACCUGGGAGGGCACCGUCGAGGUUGGAUCUCUUAACAGCGAUGCUUCUUUCGAGUACUACACUGAGGUUGAGGUUGUUCCCAACGAUACCCGAGGCCACGGACCUUACAUGAUGGCUGUUUACGAGUGGGAGGUUCGCAACAAAUAA